UACCUUCACACAUAUGCGGCAGGGCACUCAGGUCUGCCAGAGCGCACAGACCUAUACAUACACACACAUCUACACACUGGUCAAAUUUGCACAGACACAUACACACACCUUUCACACACUUCACAGACGCACCCACCCUCUUCAAGGCACCCUGUUCGACCUCUCACCAUUGGCCAAGUCCCGGACCCCUCAGCAUCUCCAUCACGGCUGAAGGGACCAUUCGGGAAAGCAGGAGACGGAGGUGGACUAUGAGGAUGCUUGUGCAGCUUGUGUUCGGACUCUUCGUCCUGAAAGCGGCGGUGGCCAGCCCCAGAUUUUCCCGACAAGCGGACUUGGACACACAUGAUAGUGACGACUAUGACAAUUUUGACUUGGGGAAUAACUAUAACUAUGAGGAUGAGCUGAUAACUGAUCCUCAGCUAGAGAUUGAAACACUGUCCUCACCUGAAUAUGAGUACCCUACACCUGAGGACUCAUUGGAAACACAGAACCAAGUGGAGCAGCAGAAGGAGGAGGAGGAGGAAGAGUUGCCUCUGAAACCCCAGCUUGUCCCUCAGGGUUCAGGAGGAUCUGGUAGUCUCAUGGGCCCAGACACACAGAAAGAGGUGGAGCUGCGUCUGACGCCCACUGAUAUUCUCCAUGUCUCCGGGGAUUUUGGGAGUUCUGUAGUAUUUGGGGCCUCUGGGGCCUCUGGGGCUUCUGGGUCUGGAGGCUCAGGAGACAGUCUGGCCUCUAGCACCUCUGGAGGUUCUGGAGACAUUGUCCUGAUCUCUGGAGUCUCAGAGGAGCUCCACAUCCCUGGAGAAUCUGAGCAGUCAUUGAUAUCUGACAGUCUCUUGAUAUCUGGGGAUCUCUCGGGAUCUGGAGAUUUCACGGGAUCUGCUACUUCUGGAGCCUCAGGCGUUAUUGCUUUUGGAGGCUCUGGGAUUUCUGGUGAACACCCUCUGGGUUCUGGAGGGUCAGGAGACCAGUCUGGCUCUGAGGUAUCUGGAGAUCUUUUGAUCUCAGGGGUUUCUGGAAUCUCUGGGAUUUCUGUGGGCUUUGAGUCCGGGGACAAAAGGAUAACACUGGUAUCUGGAGAGGAGACUAUUCUCCAGGAGAUAUCAGGUACUUCUGGGGAGUUCUCAGGAAUCCCAGAGGUUUCAGGAGAUGGUGAAGCCUCUGGAGAAGACUCCAGAAUCUCUGUGAUUUCUGGUGUCCCUGAAUCUGGAGAAACAGAGGUCCCUGUAACUCUGCUCCCCGACACUGAUGAAGAGGAGAAGCCGCUUCCAUCUACAACAGAAACCCCUCAAGAGGGUACUGGCACUGUAGAAGGGUCAGUGAGCUCUGGAUUACCAGAGCUCAGUGAGCCCGAUGAGCCACAUAAGCCUGAAGAGCCUGUAGUUGACAUCAAAGGUAUGCCCACUUGCUUGCUGUGCACGUGCCUUCGUGGUUCAGUCUACUGCGAUGACUUGAGUCUGGAUAGUGUACCACCCCUCCCCAAACACACCACUCACUUCUAUGCUCGCUACAACAGAAUCCGAAAGAUCAACAAGUCUGACUUUGCCUCCAUGAACAAGCUGAAGAGGAUCGACCUGACGAGCAACAAGAUAAUGUCCAUUGAGGACAGAGCAUUUAUGGGUCUGCCUGAACUGGAGGAGGUGGUGAUCCGAGAAAACCAUAUCUCCCAGCUGCCAUCUUUCCCAGAGACCAUGACCCUGAUAGAUGCCAGCCAUAACAACAUUGGCUCAAAGGGUAUUCAUAGAGAGGCAUUCAAAGACAUGACUGGCCUGCUGUACCUGUACCUAACGGACAACCACAUUGAUUACAUCCCAGUGCCUCUACCAAACAGCCUGCGCUCUCUACACCUACAGCGGAACAAUAUUCAAAUGAUGCAUGAGGACACGUUCUGCAACCUAAAAGAUUUCAGCUACAUCAGGAACGCACUGGAGGACAUCCGUCUGGACGGCAACCCCAUCAACCUCAGCAGGACCCCACAGGCUUACAUCUGCCUGCCCCGUAUACCCAUUGGGGAUCUCAUUUAACCACACAAAUGCAACCACAUGCACACAUAUUUGUACAUAUUAACAGCCCACAUACAAUUUAGUCACUUUUCAAACAAACCAUCAUUUACAACAGUGCCUUACCAAUAAACUGUCAGACAUGCUGCUGGAUAUAACACAAUUUAGAUUCAUUAUCAGCCUGAAAACACAUAAAUUAGUGAGUGCAAUUCUGCCGAUCAAGCACAUAUUCAGCGCUCUGCUGCACCUUCUUCAUGUUGUUCAGAUAUUUAUGCCAGGACACACAACAGCACACAUACACACCAAAACACAUGCAUGCUCAUAUGCAUGUAAACACACACACACACAUUUCCACAAGAACUUUGUCAAAAGUAAAACUGUUCCACAACUUUAUUUAAUGUAAACAACAGGCAUCAUUUACAGAAAUAAGCCCAUCAAAAGCCCUUAAAUGGCAUGUAUGUGUUUGUUUUCAUGGCUGGAAAAAAAACCUACAUCCUUCUUUAAAUAUAUUUGUUUUGUAAAAAAAUAAUGUUAAUAAUGUUAUUAUUAAUGUUAUUAAAAAUGAAUCUAAUAUUUUUGGCAAUGUAUACUACCAUAACGUUAUCAAAGCUGGAGCUUGAUAAAAGGUCAAUUGAGUAUCUAAUGCAAUAAAAUAUGCAUUUAAACACACUCAGUGGUUGUAAAGUCUGUACUGUAAUAUAAAAAAAUAUAUAUUCUGAACAUGAAAAAAGUUUUUUUUUUUUUUAAGUGAACUGCAAUAUUUGGUAUAUCACACAACAACAAGUGAUGCUUUAACCAUGCACAACAGCCUAUACCAAAGACUGAUGUGUCAAGUGAGUCAACAAAACACUA